AUGGCUUUUGAUCUGAAAGAUUCUCCCUUUCCCCUCGGGGAUACCCACGAACAAAUCAGACAGAAUCCAAAGACGUGUAGCACUUGUUUGAAUCUAUACCCCGGCUCGGCAUACUCCGCCGUACCUCGUCAGGGAAUUUGGUUUCACGAGGGGAGUGCCGCCAACGCGAAACGAGCCGCCGAGCAUGAAGACAUUGGCGAAGCGCCCGCAUGGGCAGGAAAAUAUCGCAUCGACUUUGCCUCUUGGGAGGUCCAGGCAUACCUCACAGAUAUCCGAGACUCGGCGGUACGAGGUUGCGUGUCGUGUCUGCUUCUCCAGGAGGCGGUGACAAAGUUGUCCAAAGGGAAUCUCAAGUUUGAUGAUCCUGCUUUGCUGCUGAACGUUGUAUUCUGUAAGGGAAACGUGCUGGAUAUUUACGUGUCUCGGGGGAAUCCAGCUGAAGAGCAAGAUGGUGACUUUUUCUCUCCAUGGGAGACGGAAGAUGUGCAAGAGUUUGUUGCAGCCUAUCAGCUCUACACCCUUCCUGGUGCCCCCUGCCCUUGGACGACAAUUGGAAGUGUGGUAAGCUUGGAAAAACCGCAAAUGAAUCUUCCAGCAGUGAGAGGCGGCCCAACUCGACACAUUGCGCCUGACCCGAGCUCCGAUGCAUGCUUUGAUACCAUCAAAGGCUGGAUAAACACGUGCAAAAUGACCCACAAGAUUUGUACAGAAGCAGACUCAACGGUGCAAAGUCUGCCCAAGCGGGUCAUCGUUGUUGGGAAUGAUUCCAACGAUGAUAUUCACCUGUUUGAACAUGACGAUUCUACGCAGCGAAUAAAUGAGCCAUACAUAGCCUUGUCUCAUUGUUGGGGAUUGAGUCAACAUUUGGUGUCCAAAAAGUCAACCAUUGACGGGUGGAAAAGAAACAUCCCUCACAACGCACUUCCACCGACCUUUCAAGAUGCCGUUUCAAUCACAAGAAAGCUGGGCAUUCGAUAUGUCUGGAUUGAUUCUCUGUGCAUCGUUCAAGAUGACAAAAAUGACUGGGAAAUUGAAGCAGCAAAAAUGGCAUCAAUCUAUGACGGAGCCGACUUGGUUCUCGCUGCGACUGGGUCCAUUGACGGUGAUGGUGGGUGUCUCUUUCCGAGAACCCCCUACAUCACAAUAUUCGGGACCGGUCCAACUGGAAAGCCGUUCGAGACCUAUGGCCGUGAAACAUCUGAUCACGGUAUGUUUGGUUGGUCUGGCUCUCCAGAAAUCUCCAAACGAUCUUGGAAUCCCGUUUCAGGGGUCCAGGGAGGUGAAGAAGAACUAGCCCAUUACCCGCUAUUGAGCAGGGCAUGGUGCUUCCAGGAACGGUUGCUAGCCACUCGAAUCCUCCACUUUACAAAGACAGAGGCAGUUUUUGAUUGUUUGACCUGCAUGGAGUGCGAGUGUGGAGCGCUCACUCAGCAUCAAGACGACCCUUUGGUUCCGCCACGACGCAUUAUCAAGACGGGCCACAAGUACGUUGACGGCACGUCAAGCUUGGCGCACUCAGCCUCGCCACCAACGGCGCCUCUACCAACUUUCAGAGAAACCAAAGACUUUGCUCAGCACCAUGAACUUUGGCGGGACCUUGUUGUCCAGUAUUCCCAGAAACGCAUCACUCGCAAGACGGAUGGCCUCCCAGCCGUGGCUGGCCUGGCCACAAAAUGGUCAAACAACCUGACUGGGAGAUACUUGGCUGGUAUCUGGGAAUUGGACUUGCUCGACAGCCUCCGUUGGAUCCCAGACGAGAAGGAUUCAGGCGAAGACCCGCAGUAUAUUGCUCCGAGCUGGAGUUGGCUCAGCGCUCAAAGGGGAGUCACUUGGGGGCUUGAAAGCUUUGAUGAUCCAACAUAUUACGUGGAUAUUGACUAUACACGCACCAAGUGCCACCUGAGUGGACUCAAUCCUUUUGGAGAAGUCCGCUCAGGGUACAUCUUCCUGACCGGGUGUAUUAUGCCUGUGUCAUUCUCCUUCAUUGGCGAUGGGGUGUUCCUACAGAAAACAGGCCACGAUAGGAAGAAGCCCUUUGACAGACCCGAUAGCCUCGCAAGACUCCGAAAGCUUGCCACUCCCGACCUCUUCUGUCUCCGAUUCUGCACCAAGGAGAGCGCGUCCGCUGGUGAUGGGGAUGAUUGCGCGAUGAUUGUUGUCAAGGCGGACCAGACGGAUCUGGCAAGGCAGCCGAAAGAUGUCCGGGAGUCUAAGCACGUAUACCAAAGGCUUGGGUUUGUCAAGAACUAUUUAACUCGUGAGUGGAGGCAUGCCGAAGACUCGGAAAAGGUCGAUAUGUAUCUCAUUUAG